CCCCUCUUCUGACUAGGAAGGAAAAUGGUGGAAAGGAAAGCCAGACGUUUUCAGUAGACAGAGGGAUACCAACAGUUUUAUCUCUGCCUCCAGACUCACAUUGUGUGGACCUUAAAUUGGCAGAAGAAGAGUAACAGUGAUGGCUGAUGCAGGACAGAUUAAGAAAACUGCAGCCAAGGUGCUGUGCUGCGUCGAGAAGGUGUCCUCAUUUGCCUCCUCCAUCGACCCCAUCUUUGGCAUCGUCUCCUCCCUGGUUGGGGUGGCUCGCAAGGGCCUGAUUGACGAGGAGGGCCAUGCUCUGGACAAGGACUUCCAGGCAAUCCACACCAAGCUAGAGGGCAUCUCGCAAAAGAACCAACAAUGCCUGAGGCAGAUUCGCAUCGACGAGGUAAACGAAACCUAUGGCAAGUAUGAAGAGUACAUCAAGCACCAGUACACUGCCUUCAACAGCAUGGUGGCGCAGGUGAAGAAAGAUCCAGAUAACUCCCAGCGCUACAUGGAGACCUUUGAGAAGAUAUACGAGAGAGACAAGAGUGACAUGAGCCUGGACGUGUACUACCGUGGUGUUAUGGGUACAAACUCUGUGUUUGGAAGACCCCUGCUGAAGGUGUAUCUGGAAAACUGCGAUGGUGACCGCGAGAUCAUGGAGUACCGCUGUUCACACAUCUCCCACCUAUUCCACAUGGGCCUCAUCGCUCUCAUGGGCUACACAGCUGUUACAGAGGAUGAUGAAGAUGAGGUGCGGGAGAAGUGGUCUAAGAGGGUGGAGGACAUCCAGAAGAAGAUGCAGGAGGUGCUCAGUCAGUGCAAAGACAAAGACAAAGACAAGUCAUCCUGAACGUGGACCGACAGAGAGAGAGGACAUCCUCUGGGUUUGAAGGCAACAUCACAGGGAACACUAUCUGUACUCUCAGCUGUGGACCAAUAAAAAAGACAAAUUAUAUUACAAAUAUAUAUAAACCAAAGUCAUGUUUGCGUUUGUGCACUUGAGCUGCAGCUGAUAUAUAUAUUGCAGCAUUUAGUUAUUGCAUCGACAUUGUAUGUUAUUUUUUGUUUCAAAAAAGACCACUGUAUGUUUCAGCUGCUUAGUGUUACAUACCAAUAAAUGAUGAAGUUUUAUACAAUCGCUUCAAUUAAAAUGUUUAAAUUGUA